GCAGCCGCGUGAUGGAACCGGUUUCUCCCAGAACUGUGCGCAGCCUCGGUAACCGCCAUGAGGAGGCUCAGAGACAGAGGCCAAGGCCUUCCUGGUGGUAUGGCUUUUCACGGCCUCUUGGCCUGCUUCUUGCUGCUUCAGACACUACUGGGCGCGGCCCGGAUGAUUCCAGGGACGCUGUCUCUUCCUCCUCUCCCCUUGGAGGAUGGCCUCGAUGACCCGAGUGCAAGCCCACAUGAGAAGCCACUCACAGGGAUGCCUGAGACCUCUCGGGCCCCGCAGCCUGAGGGGAGCAUGAUGUCCCUCGAUUCGGUGGCGUUUACAUCCGGUCACUCUUUUUCAACCAUGACUCUGCCACAGGGACGGUUUCCAACAUGGAUUCCAACCACUUCAGGUUGCGGCCACAGAACUGCAAGGAUCGUUGGUGGACAGCCUGCAGCGGAGCGGAAGUGGCCCUGGCAGGUGAGCCUGCAAGUCCGCCACACCAGCAGCCACAUCUGCGGUGGCUCCCUCAUCAGCAAGUGGUGGGUGAUGACUGCAGCCCACUGCGUAUUCGGCCAUCUGGAUUACCAAGUGUCGAUGGGAAUGGUUGACCUGUUGGCCGAUAAGGCAGUGGAAAUUCCAGUCCAAGACAUCAUUGUUCACCGGGAUUUCUCUGUUAUGAGAACAAUCGUGCAUGACAUUGCGCUUGCCCUGCUGGCCUUCCCCGUGAAUUACAGUGGCUACAUCCAGCCGGUGUGCCUCCCUCACAAGACUCUCAUGGUAGCAGCUGGGACCCGGUGCUGGGUGACCGGAUGGGGCAGAGUAAUUGAAGGAGGUAGAUCAUCAAGAGUACUUCGAGAAGUUGAGCUAAGCAUUAUUCGUCAUGAGGAAUGUAAUCAGCUUUUCAAGGACAAUGCAGGAAAAAUAUUUACAGUAGUCCAGGAAGGAGUGGUCUGUGGCUAUAGUAAGGAAGGAGGAGACUCCUGCCAGGGAGAUUCUGGGGGGCCCUUGGUGUGCGAAUUCAAUGGAACAUGGGUUCAGGUGGGGAUCGUGAGCUGGGGCAUCGGCUGUGGCCGAGGAGGACUUCCUGGAGUUUAUACGGAAGUGAGUUACUACAAAGACUGGAUCGUUAAAGAACUGAGUCGAGCUUCAGGUUGGAACUCAUCGGGCUUCCUCAUCUUAAGCUCGUGCCUGGUGCUUUACCUGGGCAUGCUGGUGGCCUUGUGAUCCCCACAGCCCGCUGUCAUCUUGUUUCUGAGCCCCCACGAGGCUUCUUCUGUGACCUUCUUUCCCUUUCUUCAAAUUCUGCUCGGAACCCAUUGCCUCAGUGGAACAUGACAGGGAGUUUGGGGCUUGCAAAAUGUCCUGAGCUGGUGCCCUGCUCCUCUGUCUGCCCCAAUUGCCACUGUACAAGGGCUAUGCUUUGCCUGGAGCGAAGAAGAGUGAGACGCUUCCAGACUGAGGACCAUCUGACCACCGAGGUGGAGGGAGAAACCUUGUGGAGGUCUUGGAGAACAUCUACAGAGGAGAGAUAUCAUCAGUAUUAAAUAGCCACUAGACCUCACCAGUUUAAUAGUUCUUACCUGAGAUUCUGCUGUACAUACCAGCAAGUCCCGUGAUCACUCACAAAGAAAGAGACGGGGGAGGGGUGGGGGGCACAGCACAUUUCCGCAGAGCUGUGAGCCUGGGACUUCUACAUCUGGCUCAGUUGUGGUUGGCAGCAAUUCCCCUGAGCCCCAGUGGGAAUCCAUCCGUGAGGACCAAACUUUUGCGGCACAAAGCUCCUGGGAGUGGUCCUGACUGGUACCCUCUCCCUCCGUACCCUAGCAGCCAGCCACAUCCAGGGCCAUCUGAAGUUGUGUUGAUGCAGUUUUGGAGAGGACAGGUUUUAGAUGUAAACUGAAUAAAUGUGUCUCAUAUGUUCUGGA